AACAAAACUUUGCAACUCUAUCGGAAAAGUAGCUGAUUGUUAAAAAAUAUAUAUAUUACUUAGAUAUAUGACAUGAGCGAAAAUCCGAACACCAAGUUAAUUUGUUGAUGUAUGGAUUAGCUGAGACUUCGUAGAAUUUUGUUGAAUGAUAAAAAUACCUUGCAGCAUCAUUUGUGGAUGAAUUCAGCCUCAGGUCUAACUUCUAGUUCUACUAAGUUCUAGUUGUAAUACUAAUAAGUUAAAUUGGUUUACCCUACUUUUGUUACUUCGUCGUCAGGGGCAGCAGUAGCUUAACUUGUUAAGCCUAGCUUGCUUAGUUAACUGUUGAAUAUUUUUUUUAUUUAAGUUAAAAAUGUGAUUGACAUUAUUAACCACUGUAAAAUUUUAAUAAUAAUAGUUAAAAACUGGUGAAUUAAGGUGAGAAUCUGACUCGUUUCACUGCCAGUUCCACAUGUUUGAACGAUUGUGAAGUCAACAAUGAAGGUUAUGAAAAGACGAUUAGCCUGCCCUCAAACUGUUCAGCACAUCUGGGAUGCUGUAGAAUACAUACGACAACAGAAGCAAAUCCCAAAUUUUAAUAGAAUAUCUAGCUAUAUGAGUCGUAAAUACAACCUGAAAGGUAGCGACCUGGAACGACAACUGAAUUUUGCCGUUCAAGAUAAGUUGGUAGUGAUGAAGAAGAGCAUAGGAUGUAAGGGUUCUAAAGUUGGUGUGGAACAGCAUGGUUAUAAGUUACCUGAUUGUCCAUUGGAACGUGACAGUCAUGAUUGGUACUGUUUCGAGUGCCACCGUGGUGGUCAAGUUGUGCUGUGUUCAUUGUGUCACCGCGUCUUUCACACUAUCUGUAUCAAGGAGGAUGUUUCUGAUAAAUUUGUGUGCUGUGUAUGCAGGGCACUGAAAAGUAAAAGUCAAAUGAAAGUUAAAAAACAUGAAUUAAACACCCUGCUCAGCUACACCUGCCUAAGACUGAAAGAAAAAAGGACCUAA